AUGCUCGCCCCCGUUCCGGAGGGCGCUGUUUUCUUCUUGGAAUGGCCGAUGUGGGCUCGUUUAGCUCUUAUCUUAGGUGGUUUGCUUACGCUUAUCCUUACCACUGCCUUCGUUGUGAAGCUGAGAAACUGGGCACGGGACAGAAGGCUGGAAAGAAGAGCAGCAGAAGAACAGGCCGAACGAGGGGAGAUGACUCUGGUCAACUGCUUGGACGAAGAUAUACCUUUCGGCAUCCGCGCUCUAAUUGAAGAUCCCGAGGUUGAAGGGGUGUGGAACGCUCGAACGGCAACUGCUUUACACUUGGAUGGGGCCCGGUCUCCUCCUCCCUCACACUUGACAUUCAAGCCCGUUAAAUACUCCUCAAUUACUUCCUCCUCGACAUGCGAUCCCACGGACAUAGGACUAGUGUCUCCAGAUGCCCCUACACCGUUCACGGAUUCCACAACAGUUGUUGAUCCACCAGCUGAGUCGUCGUCCUCGAAGAAAGGGAAGAGUAUUGUCAUAAGCUACAAUGAUCCGUAUAUUUGCGCGGAAGGUACCGAAAUCUCGCCAGGUCUGGCAAUUUCCCGUGUGCUACUCGUUGCGGAUCUUACCACUGACAAUGGUUACACAGGUGUUAUUCCUGCAAUGACAAAGGACUCUUUGAUUCCCUCUCCCUCAAAAUUGCAGCUUCGUCCCAUCACCAACCUACGAUCUUCAGGAGCUCGUAAAUUUGUCAUUGGCAACAGGGAGAGAAAAUCCCAGGGACUCCAGAGGCCAGAAAGUCGCUCUGAACCCAACCCUCUUGAGGGCAUGGAGGCCCAUAGGCGCUUCCAUGCCGCAGAAAGUGGUCAACUCCUUCCCAGAAAUCGGCGGCACACUGAGAUGGUCCUGACGCCACCAUUCGCUCCGUCUCUUUCGGAUAGCGAGGACAGUGACGACUCUGCAUCCCGCGCUUUGUCAUGGCCGGCUCGAAAUGGCAGUAUCAAUCUCGGCAAACAGUUUUCUCGCAGCGUCAAAAGGAUGGAAGGACCACGACCAGUACCCUUCCGCGCGUUCAUCGAGUCCUUACCUACCACCAAAGCCCCUCCGUCGGCAUGGACGGAGAAGACCCAAGCCAGAGUCGACGCGAAAAUCCUCCCUUCUCCCAGAACAAGCGAUACAGGAUCCAAUACUUCUCGGCACACUCCAAGCUCUUCGACGAGUUCAAUGUCCGUGACAACUACAACGUCACCUUCGGAUUCAAUCUCUAUUGUAAAUACUCGAUCGCGGAAAGUCAAUGAUGGAUUUGAAGUACUGCCUGCUGGCACACUGGAAAAGGGACCCAAGGUCAAGGACUUUGGGGCUCGGCACGAAGACGUGGAUAUGAGGAAGAAGCCUAACAAGCUAAAAAAACGGUCGCGCUCAAGUUCUGGAAGUCGCCGAAGUUCAACAGAGAGUCGGAGGCUCAGUACCGACUCCUUUCGUUUGCCGGUUUUCUGA